AUGUCAAAUAUACUCGCCAAUGGCUGGACUGCGGUCCCUCUCGACCCCAGCAAACUUUUCGGCGGCAAGCCAUAUCGCAACAUCCCGACAUUUCUGAAAAUGAGCGACAUUGUCUGGCCCUCUGACGAUGCGCUUGUGGGCGAAAUGCAGGCGUAUGCCAAGGAGCAUCUGUCGCCGGAGAUUUAUAACCACUCCAUGAGAGCAUACUAUUUCGCAACCACGAUCCUCAAGCAGCAGUUUCCAGAGUUUGCCAGCACGUUGUCUCCAUCAACGCUGGCACUGACCUGUCUCCUCCACGAUCUCGGCGCCACCGCCGCCAACAUGGCCGCCACAAACAUGUCGUUCGAGUUCUACGGCGGCAUCCAGGCCCUCCACGUCCUAGAGGCCGCAGGCGCCACGCCAGACCAAGCGGCGGCCGUCUGCGAGUGCGUCAUCCGGCACCAGGACCUCGGUGCCGAGGGCAGUAUCACCCUCCUGGGCCAGCUGGUCCAGCUGGCGACCAUCUACGACAACGUAAGCGAGCACCCAUACGUGGCGGGCAUCGACGCCAUCAUCCACGAGGAGACGCGCGAGGCGGUCGUGGCGCUGUUUCCGCGACGCGGCUGGCUGGGGUGCUUUGCGGAGGCGGUUACGGAGGAGAUGCGCCGGAAGCCGUGGUGCCACACGACGCAUAUUCCGGGGUUCGCGGAUAAGAUUAUGGGAAACAAGUUGAUGCAGCAGUACGAGUAG